AUACCCCCGAUACCCUGGCAUGCCAACGGCUGGUACUGGGUCUUCGCACUCUUGACUGAAUGCGAAAAAUCGGAGAACAGGAAGGUUCUCUUUGCUGUCUCAACGGCGGUGCAGGACAUCCAAGGAGAGACGAAGAAUGCGGUCUUUCGUCGAAUUGGGCAAACUCUAUUUCCGGAGUAUUACAAGCAGGAUAGCGGGACCCUUACAAACAGGAUUCGGGCUCAGAUUGAAAGUUUGACCUCCACGUACCGCGAACACUCAAAACGGCUCAAAGUGACCAGGGGAGGGAAGGGAGGCAACGACGAGUCUCCCAUGGAGCAGGAUGUCUACCUGGAUGGCUGGUACAUCCCACCGACUGGUCCUGACCAGUCAAACUGCGAAGAUGCGAAGAAUCUGUGGGAGCAAAUCGAAUUGGAAUUCCCGCCAUUCCCUCGCCUUCAUGCCAUC